AUGGAGUAUGUGGUAAGACCAGACCUCCAGUGUAAUUUUCUUUGGUGGGGAGGUUCGGUAUUCUCUGGUGAUGGUGGUGGAGGGAUCUUUGCUCUCUGGUGAUGGCGGUGGAGGGAUCUUUGCUCUCUGGUGAUGGCGGUGGAGGGAUCUUUGCUCUCUGGUGAUGGCGGUGGAGGGAUCUUUGCUCUCUGGUGAUGGCGGUGGAGGGAUCUUUGCUCUCUGGUGAUGGCGGUGGAGGGAUCUUUGCUCUCUGGUGAUGGCGGUGGAGGGAUCUUUGCUCUCUGGUGAUGGCGGUGGAGGGAUCUUUGCUCUCUGGUGAUGGCGGUGGAGGGAUCUUUGCUCUCUGGUGAUGGCGGUGGAGGGAUCUUUGCUCUCUGGUGAUGGCGGUGGAGGGAUCUUUGCUCUCUGGUGAUGGCGGUGGAGGGAUCUUUGCUCUCUGGUGAUGGCGGUGGAGGGAUCUUUGCUCUCUGGUGAUGGCGGUGGGGGGGAUCUGGGCUCUGUGUUGAUGGCGGUGGGGGGGAUCUGGGCAAGUAAAUCUUGGUUAACAAAGCCCUUUAAUUUGGAAUCAGAAAUCCAAACACCUGUCUCUACCAGCAGAGAGACAAAGGUUUGGGGUGGGUAAAGGCGGGGGGGGGGGGGACAUGAAACAAGUCCUACCCUGACCUCCGGUUUGAUUUCUAAUUUACAAACUCUAAAUGGUCUAAAUGUAAACCUAGAGCCAUAUAAUGCUAAUGUACCUAACACAACCUCUUAUCUCAGCACAUGUAACCUUAUGGCUGCUAUUCUUAGCUCUUCUGGGUCCUCCUGCAAACUCUCUGGGUAUAGGGGGAGGGUAUAAAGACGCCUCUCUGUCCACAUUAUCAGGUUCUGUUCAUUUCCCACAAGGAGGAUGAGCAGUUUGCCAGCAGGAAAAACACUGUUACAUUGAGGGUCCACACUCAGAGACCCUUAGCCCCACCUGUUGCCUGCUUGUGAGGCACACUGUCCAGCUCCAGGCCUCUGUAUUUAUAUAUAAUUUAUUAUGAACAAAUUCUUGCACAGGAGUUUCAUUUCUUCUCUCGUAUGGCUGUAUUGGGUAGUAUGGGAGUUGCAUAGGGAGCAAUUCAAGGUUAUAUCUACAGCCUUUUCCUGGCUUAACAAGCUCUACGCAUCGUGGUUCUCAAAUGUUUAAUUGAUGGCCAAAUAAUAUAUCCUUAAACGUGCCUUUUCCCAGCUUUUGGAUUUUACAUGCUGUUUUUUUUUUUUUGUUUUUUUUUUUAACAGCUCUGGCAAUGAUAAGGUUAAUAGGUCUGUGGCCUCCAUCCAUAUCCCAUCUCUUCCCUUCCUGUGUGCUCUCUCCUGUUCAAGCGGUGGGAGGGCUGCAGGAAGCCAGGGGGUCUCCAGGGACAAGCUGGGCAGUCAAUUAAUAGAGAGCGGAAGACUGGCGAAGGGGGGGGGGGAGAGACCAUGCUCCAUUCUGGAGUAUUGGGUGGGGGUGGGGGGGCUGGGCAAAGGAGCUAUCAAUCAUAAUAUGCUGCUUUGCUUAUACAGGGCUGUGUCUACUUAUGAGGCUCUACCAGAAACAGUGCUUGGUUAAAGAGCAGCGUAGACACUGCAUAGCAGACUUUGUUUAAUCCCUAGCUCCUGCUGUUGGCAGUAUACCAAGUCCAAAUCAUUUUUAGAGUUUGCUUCCGUGAUGCUAUCAAAUUGGUUAGUAAACAAAUUGUUAGAGACCACUUUAUUAUAAACAAGUAGAGGCACAGCCCAGGGCCAUUCCUCGCUUUCAUUUUACCGCCUCUACUGGGAGGCAGUUCCCUUAUAGCAAUAACAUAUAUAUAUUUUUUUUUAUUAUUCAUUCUAUGAUUGUAUUUAUUUAUGUGGGUGGCUGUAAUACCAGCAAUGGGUCGUGUUUUUAAAUAAAAUGUUAAUUGUAUGAAUGGAUCUAGUGAGUGCUGCUGGCAUAGCUCAAUGGGGUGCCCACCUGCAGUCCCGUAAGGCCACAGACAGACCUGAUGUGGAACCUGGCACAUUAACACGGUCUUUAGAUUAAAGCCCAGAGAAUGGACAUUAACACCCACUGAUUGCAAUUUGACGAUAGUAUAACCCUUGCAUAGCAGUGGAUCUAAUAUACUGGGGUGUCUUAAUUUAUCACUUAGUGACGCUCGCUAUCCGGCUUGCCAGGAGAGGUUCGGAUCAGAGGUUGGUCCCCUCACACGCAUACAGUCGUCCUUGCCCAUCUGUGCAGAUGCGUAGCAGGAUCAUGAAACAUGGGGUAAUUGGUAUAUUGUAGAUCAGAUAUCCCUUGUUACUGUCAGGCCAUGUGGCACCUAACAGGUUAAUCUUAGGGACAGUAUAGACAAUUGUGGAGUAACCAUUCUAUACAUGACUUGAAUAAACCUGAUUGCUUCUGCAUGCACACCUUGUUAUUCUUAAUAGUUUGACACCAUCAUUCUUACAACAUGGUGAUGUCCUGUUUUGUAUAAAAAACAAAAAACAAAAAUUGGAGCAGUCUUACAAUUCGAUUGCAAGCUCUGAAGGUCAGGAAGUCCAUACUGGAUUUGAGAGACUGAAAUCUAAUUUGUGAAAUGGUUUGAUAAGAGCUGUGGGUGCAGUACUCAGGUUUCAGGUGGAGGAAAUGAGCCCGUAUAAUGUUAGCAAGCCACUCUUCCUGUGAGUCAGCACAGUGUUUGUAAAAUUGGGCAGCUGCCCCUUCUCCUGGGAGCAUUAAAUAGGUAAUCAGGCUGCUUGCUCCAUUAACAGAGAUUCUGCUCCCUGGAUGAAGAUGUCAUGAGACUCGUGCCCUUGUCUAGUCACCUGAGUUGCUGGGCUGUCCAUUCAGUGCAGUGCUAACCUGCAUGCUUGGUUCUGGAUGGGAGGCAGACCUCCCCAUCCUGAUCAAUGGUCCUUUCAGGAUCGCCUUCCCUUUUUCAUUAUUAAAGAAAGAGGAGGUAUGUCUCCUUGGCUUGCAGUGUAUAAUUUUUUUUUAAUGAAUGCAUGGUUCAGACAGCUGGGAUAUACCCAGAAGGAUUAGCAGGCGCUUGUAAAAGCUUGCCUGGUGUCCUUGUGUUCUAGAGGUGGCCCCUCUUCCUUAUACCCUCCUCCCAUUCCUGGUAUAUGUUCAUAUAUUUUUUCUCACUCUCACUGCUUCCUCCCGUUGGGUGGGGAAAGCAGCAAUGAGUCGAUGUUUCUUCCUGCAUCUCUAACACGCAGUGCUGUAACCGCCCUCCGCAGUCCUCUGUCAGAUGCUCUGGAGAUGUCAGGCAGAAAUUCAAGCAUACAAACAGAGUGAGGAGCUGUCCUGAUCACACACUGGGUCAAGGUACAGCAUUGGGAUGCACCAAUCGGACAAGAAACCUUCACUUCUCUUGCUGUUCGCUGCAGGGAAUUCAUUGCUCCUUGGUUGACGGGGUAGUAUGUGCCAUGUGUUGUCUCUGGGAGACGGAUAAACUGACUCUUUUCUGUCUUCCUCUUGACUAUCUUUUUGUUUCUUUCCUUCAUAUCUGUGGAUGGUGACCCAGCUCUCUCCUGAUGGACUGUGUUGUACGUUCUUGUCUCUCACAAGUCCUUUUCAUGGCCGGUGAAGACACCCUGGUCAGCUGAUUUGUAUUCUAUAUUUGGGAUGUGAUUGGAGGGUUCACAUACUUUGGAUGUGGUGUUGGGUACCACUCAGUGCUUUCCAUCUCCUUUCUUCUUCUUCAUGUGUAGUGUCAGACUAUGAGACCCGGACCUCUUCUUGCUGUAGAGUGCAAGCUUCAAGCUGGCAUCAUGGAUCUACUCCCAAAAACCAAAUACAAUCAUCUUCGUAAUGAGUCUGUAAGCUCCAUGGAAGAUGCCACAAGCAGCGGGUUACCCACUCCCUCUGUGGAAAUCAUGGUGCCCCAGUCUAUGCCCAACUCCUCCUCCUCUUCUUCCCUGGCCCCCAUUCUCCCCCUGGGUGAGUUGUCCUCUGAGUCAGAGGACAGCCCCACAACUCUGUGCUCCUUUUUCCCAAAAAUGGCAAAUCUCAAGCUUUCCAAUCCAGCUAACCUUCUGAGCCUCCGCAGCUUCUCCUCGGGGACAGGCAAGGAGACAGGCAGCCCGGGGGAUCAGGUAGAUACCCCUGCAGGGGGUGGAAGCCCAGACUCAGGGAGAACUUUCACUGUUUUCUCCCAGGAUAUGAACAAGCUGAGCUGCGGCAGGAAGUCCCGAGUGGAAGGUGGGCAACUGGCCGGGGAUGAAUGGACCAGGCAUGGCAGUUUUGUAAAUAAGCCCACACGUGGCUGGCUACACCCAGAUGAGAAGGUGAUGGGUCCCGGAGUGUCCUACCUCGUCAGGGUAAGAUACGCUUUUAUCCCUAUGUGUGUUUGAUGUGAGCUAUGGAAAAAUAGGGGAUUGAGGUGCACUUUUUUAAAUUUCCCAUGAAGGAUUUUGUUUUCUGUACAUCCCUUUCUGCCCAGGAUAUUUUUUACCUUUCUGUACUAACCUCCCCCUAACAGUUGUGUUCCUGCACCUCCAUCCAUCUCUACAGCUCUCUCUGCUGUUCCUUUAAUGCCCACACUCCAUCCUGUCCCAGGAUUUUAACAUUCCAGUCCUCCCUUCUAUUCCUGUAAUGCCUUUACUGCUCCAUCCUGCCCUGUGGACCUCUAUUCCUGCCUUUCUUCCUUCCUGAUCCAUAUCCUGGUCAAACACUGAAUGAGAUGCAGGGAAACCAGACUUAAUAUGCUGCCAGAAUGAGUGGCUCUUGGUGCUGUGUGAUAUUUAUGAGCAAUAUGCCUGCAUGUUUAGAAAUAUACUCACGGCCUCCUUCACCCGCACUCUUUCAUUCUCUCUUACAGUAUAUGGGUUGUGUAGAGGUCCUGCAGUCCAUGAGGGCCCUGGAUUUUAAUACCCGCACACAAGUCACAAGGUGAGGGAUUCUCUAACUGCUUUUAUUAUUAAUCCAUUUCCUCAAAACCAAGUUUGUAAAGUCCUGCUCAUUAGAUUAUCAGCUUUAGCGCUGAAAAGUCAGCAAUGCCUAUGGGAUGAUGUAUAGUGUCUUGCUUGUCCUCUGACAUGCAAUAAAACAGUUGGAUGCUAUCACUGUGUAUUUGUGGAUCCACUCAGUCUGAUUUUACGUCAAAGUGUCUGUCUGUCUGUACAGGGAAGCCAUCAGCCUGGUGUGCGAUGCUGUACCUAGUUCCAAAGGGGCCCUGCGAAGGAGAAAGGUAUGUCCUUGUUGCGUAUACAUUAAUAGGUUAACAUAACUUUAGCGGGGGUAGGGUUAAAUGAUUAAAGUCAUUCUAAUAACGAAGAGUAAUUGGAAGGAUCAAUAAUGUGAGAUUGUGUCUGGCUUGUAUCUGCUAAUGGACGUGGGCUAGGAGCAGAGGGUAACUCCCUCUCUGUCUCUUCUGCCUCUAUACAUAUUCCAGGCCAGGGCCUUGACACUAAGUGUCACUGACAUGUUUCUGUUAAUCAGAGAUAAUGGAGCGUACUGGCAUUAUUAGAGGGAGAGGCUGGCUGAUUUAUUGAUUAGCCAGCGUGUACUGUACAGGGAUCUGAGCCCCGGCAAUCUGUGCACAUUGAACACCGCGUGCUCACUCCCCGGCCCACCUUCCCUCCAUAACGCUUUCAAACCCCAUAUCUCAUCUGAUGAUCAGUGUGUGACCAUCCUUCCAUCUCCCUUUUCUAACACUCUCAUUUGCCCUCAGACCGGUGGACGGGCACUAAACUCCAUUCUUGGGAAGAGCAACCUAAAGUUUGCUGGCAUGCCGAUCACUUUAACCGUGUCCACCAGUAGCCUGAAUCUAAUGGCCUCUGACUGCAAACAGGUAAAACACUCAGUGGAGCUUGCUAUUUGCUUCUCUUUCAGUUGUGGAAUUGUAACAUGACCUAAUAUGAGAUGACCUGGUGUAGCCAGAUAUUGGUUGUGAUGUAAUAUCACCUGCUGCGUCUCUAUUAAUUGUACAUUAUGUCAUUUCUUUCAACAGAUCAUUGCGAACCAUCACAUGCAGUCAAUAUCCUUCGCUUCUGGGGGAGAUCCGGUAAGAGCGCUGCUCAUUCUAGAUGAGGGGUUCCAAAAAGGUAGAUUCACCCUAGAUGUUUGAAAACUACAGCUUCCCUGAUGCUUUUUCAUUCUAAAGACAUGCAAAGCAUCAUGGGAUUUGUAGUGCUUUAACAGCUGGGAAUCUGCCUUUUGGGUGCCCCUGGUCUAGAUAUUCAGAAGAUUGAACCACAUAGAUAUAUUUUCCAGAUAUGUCCUUUGGGCUGGGGGUAAAUAGGUUGUAUUAACUGUGUUCUGUUUAUAGGGGUGAGGGUGGAUAUUAGAUAUGUAAUGGUUUACACUGUGCUGUGUGUGGUGUUUGUGGCUGGUGCUAUCCUUGGUUGGUAAUAACAGUUUACAUUUUUUUUAGGACACAGCUGACUAUGUUGCGUACGUUGCCAAAGAUCCAGUAAAUCAGAGAGGUGAGACCUUCUCGUGUGUGUGUGUUUUAAUGACAGUAUGUACUCUACACAGGGUCAUAUAUAAAGUAUAAUGGGAGGGGGCAGAGUAGUGGAAGAGGAACGCUGUAAUAGAAAGUGUGCAGUUAUAAGGCAUGCAGGGAGUUUGGCUGCAUGGAACAGUGUAUUGAGGGGGGGGAGGGCGGUGUGCAGAGUAGGAGCUGGGAGUGAUGUAGUAUAGGGGAAAGGGUACAGCAUGGGGUACUGGUUGGGGGGUCUGUUUAUGGUGUGAUGAGUGGGGAGUGUGUGGCUAAGUGGAAUGGCUGUUUAAUGGAUACCUCAGACUGGACACUAAUUUAGAAUGCCCCAAUUCUUUUCAGAUCUGAGCAUAUCCCACAAACUAUCUAUCCAGCAGUUCAGAACUUGGCAGGGAUCCAACUGCUGACAGCUUACUCAUUGCUCCAUUCACAGUUCUUUGAGUGAAGUUAUCAGGUGCAAUCUCCCAUGUACACAUCUGUGGCUUCGUCCCCCUUACAGCUUACUGUGCCGAGGUAGUUGAAGGCUGUAAUCAUAUUUGUGCAGGCCUACAGAGAAGAGACUUUGGGCCAUAACCUCUGCAAGUACGGUUCUUGUAAAGUGCAUUAAGUGAGGAACGUGUAGUUGACAUAUAGGGUAGGUGGUUGGAUUGGCAACCUGUGUAGUGGAAGGCAUAGAAGGUUGAGAGUUGUCUACAGGAUUAUCUGUUAGGAGGGACUGUGUGGUCACCAUGUCUGUAUAUAGGGAAUGAAUACCUUCUGCUUGUUUGAGAUUUCUGACCUAUUCUCUGUACCAUAGCUUGCCAUAUCCUGGAGUGCCCCGAGGGUCUUGCCCAGGAUGUGAUAAGCACUAUUGGGCAGGCUUUCGAACUUCGCUUCAAGCAAUACCUCAAAAAUCCUCCCAAACUGGUCACUCCUCAUGACAGGUAUAUUUACAACUCUGGACCACUAACACAAUCUUGGGUUGCUUCAGUGUGAUAUGUAAAAUCUCUAAAUUCAUCUUUGCCAUUUCAAUAUUCCCUGAUGAUCCCUUGUCCUUGACCGCUACUCUAAUUAUUUAGUCUAGCGGCCUCCUCCCUAGCUAAUCAUACUUUUUCCCCUCCAUGUUCCUGGGUUCUCUAUAUUUAGUCCUGUCAUUGUAUUGUACAGGAUGGCUGGGUUUGAUGGUUCUGCGUGGGAUGAAGAAGAAGAGGAGGAUUUUCCAGACCAUGCAUAUUACAAUGAUUUCCCAGGGAAGGAACCACCCAUCGGAGGAGUAGUGGACAUGAGACUAAGGGAAGGUGCAGCCCCAGCAGUACCCAGACAGAGUCCGAAUCACAUGGGCGCCACUCUGGUAAGUCCUUUUUAAAAUCGAGAUAAAUGAGAUACUGUUAUACGUUGCAAGAGAUUAAUGAUAAGUCUUUACUCACAGCCAGUGGGACAGGUUUCUGGAGCAGAACAAGAUCGAAAGAUUCAACCACAACCAUCAGCACAAGGUACAGUGUCUACAUUUGUCCAACUUGAACCCUUGUCUCUCAUUCUACACUGAUCUAACUGUAGACGUUGUGUUUUUCUCCUCUUUAGGAAGAGACAGGUUUCCAGUUCCAGGUGGCAAACCACCAAAUCGUCCUGAUCUGUUUGAUGACCCAUCCUAUGUAAAUGUUCAGAAUCUGGAUAAGACCAGACAACCUGUGAGGGCCACAAAUGGGCAGAGGGAUGUAUUUGACAUGAGUGAGUAGCCAGAACCUGCCCUGGAUCAUAUAUAUGUCUAAAAUGGUAUGAUGUUGAAGUACGUGGGAGCAGUGUUAAUCACCUCCAAGGUGCUUUCUUGCACACCAUAGCUUCUAAUGUACAGUAUUGGUGCCCUCUACUGUAGGUCACCAUGUAUUGUGCAUGUGAAUAACCCAUAUUAACAAACUAAGACACAGUUCUCUCCUUCAAAGUUCUCAGUAUAUGUGAUAUUUUAUACUGAAUUAUUAAAUUAAAAUGGGACACCUCUAGUCUGAGGUGUGUGUGUGUGUGUGUGUGUGUGUGUAUAUGUAUAUAUGUAUAUAUGUAUAUAUAUAUGUAUGUGUAUAUAUAUAUAUAUAUAUAUAUAUAUAUAUAUAUAUAUAUAUAUAUAUAUAUAUAUAUAUAUAUAUAUAUAUAUAUAUAUGAUAAAGAGAUGCACUCUCAGGACUUGAAAAAAUAAUUAAUUUAUUCCAGCAGGUAUAACAUCAAAGUUUGCCGACGUUUCGACCCAUUCGGGUCUUUCUCAAGGUCAAUGUACCUGUGCUUACAAGCCAUUUAUAUAGGACAUAAAAAGAAGUACUCACCAAUCUGUGAAGAACCCCCUGAAUCCCUCCGUGCACACCUGGAAGUGAAACCGGAAAUAGAACCCACGAUCACAUGAUCCAUGCAUAAGUGAUCAUGUGGUGUUGCUAAGAUACCGAUAGGAAAACAAUUAAUUAUAAGAUCGGUAAAUAUCUCAUAGAUGUGCAAGUGAAAUGUCUAAUAUCAAUCUAUUGAUGAAAUCUGAUUAAAGUACAGAGUGCAUGAAUCCGCAAAAAUGCAGCCUAAUAUAAAAAAAUAAGCAAAGAUCAUAAGAUCAAAUAUACUGUGUAAAGUGUCACCAUAUAUCUAAAGAAGUGAUCAAAAAAAUAAAGAAUGUUAUGUUAAAAACAUUUCACCAACCAUGUCAAGUUUAGAAGGCAUUUAGCUGAAGCAAUCUAUAACAUAAAAAGAAAAAAAAGCCAUUAGAAUAAAGGCUCCAAAAAACCAAUAAGGAUCACAAAUAUACUUAGAGAAAAAGGGAAACCAUAUGAUUAUUCAAAGAACAUUAUUAUUAAAGAAACAUAGAGAGCACAAUAUUCUCGUUGAGUCCUCUUGGUGUCACUGUGUCCAGCCGAUGGAUCCAUUGUGCCUCACGUUGAAGUAGUUUCUUUGAUCUGUCACCCCCUCUGGACAUUGGGGGGACAUGAUCAAUAGCCGUGAAACGUAACAGAGGAAGUCUAUGUUGCAUAUGGAGGAAAUGUUUAGCGACUGGCUUAUCGCUAUAUUGAUCUCUAAAUGCUGUUGUUAUGGUCGACCGAUGUCCCCUUAUGCGGUCUCUCAACGUCAAGUCGGUUUUGCCAACGUACGAAAGUCCGCAGGGACAUGUGAUCAUGUAUAUCACAUGGUCAGUGGUACACGUGAUAUAAUGAGAUAUUUUAAUUCUCUGACCGCUAUGGGGAUGAGCAAAGGUCGAUCCACUUAUGCAUGGAUCAUGUGAUCGUGGGUUCUCUUUCCGGUUUCACUUCCGGGUGUGCACGGAGGGAUUCAGGGGGUUCUUCACAGAUUGGUGAGUACUUCUUUUUAUGUCCUAUAUAAAUGGCUUGUAAGCACAGGUACAUUGACCUUGAGAAAGACCCGAAUGGGUCGAAACGUCGGCAAACUUUGAUGUUAUACCUGCUGGAAUAAAUUAACUAUUUUUUUCAAAGUCCUGAGAGUGCAUCUCUUUAUCCUCUAUAUAUUUUAUCUACAUGGGAUUGCACCCAGGCGAUAUUGAGCUACACAUUUGAAAGGGUGAGUGCCAAGAAAAACAUUGUUUUAUUUAUAUAUAUAUAUAUAUAUAUAUAUAUAUAUAUAUAUAUAUAUAUAUAUAUAUAUAUAUAUAUAUAUAUAUAUAUAUAUAUAUAUAUAUAUUCCCUAUUUGUUAGUUUUGCAAACAGAAGAUUAUUAAUAAUGUGAAGUUCAGUGAAUAACCCAGUAAAGACUACAGGGAGUUAGCGGGACUUCUAAUUUUUUUUUUUUUUAAAUGUUUUUUUUUUUUUAGAGCCGUUUGAAGAUGCUUUACCCUCCAGUCAGGCUGUUGUGACCAUGGAGGAGCAGCUGAAAAGAGAGCCUUGGUACCACGGAAAGAUGGCCAGGAAGGAAGCGGAGAGACAGUUGAGAGUGAAUGGAGAUUUUCUAGUACGAGAGAGCACCACCACACCAGGGCAGUAUGUACUGACUGGCCUACAGAAUGGACAGCCAAAACACUUACUAUUGGUGGACCCGGAAGGAGUGGUGAGCAAAGGGAGGAGUUUGGGACUAAUACGAGAGAUUGAUCCUCUGGAAGGGUAACCCAUAUGAUCGCUAUCAGUAGAUCUUUUUGCACAGGAGUAUGGCAAUGGGUUAAAGAAUACAAUGUAAUAGUAUAAGGAGAUCAAGUUUGAAGCUGGUAGCAGGUGCUUGAAUUGGCCUCUUAAAGAAGGAAACUAAAGGAUUAGACACGCUAAGAUCAAGUAAGAUAGGAAUAUAGUGAUUAAGCACUCUAGGAUCAGGAACAUUGGAUAUAUGGAGAUAAAGCAUGGUAUUGGCAGGAGAGACUGAUAGAUGGAGAUUAGACAUUCUAUAAGCAGGAGAGACUGAUAGAUGGAGAUAAGACAUGUUGAAGGCUAAGCAUGUUUGAAAUUAGGCAGACUACAGUGGGGUUAAGAGCAGUCUGUGCGCAGUAGGGUUAUGUUAGAUGUAUUCAUACUAAGCGUCAUUAGGAGAGCUCAGUAUAUUAAGAAUGACCACACUCUUGUUGAGAUGCGGCAGGGAAUCCAGUUUCUCUUACUUUUUUCUUUUGUGUGUAUUCAAUUAAUCGUAAGCACCAUAUCUCACGAUUUGACAUGCCACGACAGAGAGUUGAUCUAAGAGGUUGAUAAGAGGUAUCGAACUCCCAAUCUUCCACUGAAUAAACUUUCCAUGGUGCACAAACUCCAGCCAAACAAUAUAUUUCAAAAGAGCGUGCAUUCACCGGACUUUCUUGCAAAAACAUUAAGGCUCGGAACACAGGAACCCAGAAAGUGAAGGGUUAACCCACAAAUACCAGUGAGUGUUAAACAAGGAAGUCCAGGACCGGAAACCUAAAGUUAUAGUGAUUUAUACACAUCACUGUGUGUGAUAGAGAUUUAUUCAAUGGAUAAAACAAACAAUACAAUCAAAGUAUUAUUAUAAUUAAAGUAACUGCAUUGCUACAAUGCUAAAUAAUGUGAUAUAGCAACAUAGUAUAAUGUAACACGUAAAGCUCAAAUAGAUCCUAGUAUUAAAACCUCAAUUAGCAAUACUCCUUAAACCGUAUAAAUCACAUUGCUUUUGCACUCUCUAUUCAGAAAUAAAAGGGAAAUAGACCUAAAUUUCAUCAUCCUAUAAUACUAUAGUAAACAUUAAUAAGAGGUGGCUCUAGUUUGAGAUAAAUAUUUGAUUGUAUGCUUUCCUUUGCCAGGUUCGAACAAAAGACCACAGAUUUGAGAGUGUAAGUCACCUUAUCAGCUACCAUAUGGACAAUCACUUGCCAAUAAUCUCUGCUGGAAGCGAACUUUGUCUCCAACAACCUGUGGAGAGGAGACAGUGA